AUGGCCUCAAAGGAAGAUUCAGAUAGGCGAGAUUCGAUACAGCGUCACAACUCACGCCCGACAUUGGCAGACAAUCCAUACAAUCCCAAUUCAGCGGCCUACCUAGCCUACCCCGUCAAGCAUGUCGUAUCGAGCCUCUAUCGUCGCAUGACAGAGCCUCCUGAACAUCCGGUUGGCAGACUUCUCGACGCUCCGGCCGUCCCGUCGUCAUCGUCAGGUGUCUAUACCCCUCCGAGAAGAACUCAGUCUCCCUUUCAGCCGCCUCCACUCACCCCUCUUGAGUUGAGGCAUUCCUUGUCACCCAGUGCCGCAGAGUCGCUCCUCCUGACCCGGUCGCUUGCUGAAGAGAUUCGACUGCUGAUCCCUCCACGACUCCAACUCAUUGAUCACUGGAAACUGGCAUACUCAUUAGAGGCUCAUGGCUCCUCGUUGGCCACUCUUUACGAGCAUUGUGCCCAUGUCUCUACAUACACUCAACGCUCGGGCUAUGUGCUGGUAGUGAAAGAUAGCUCUACGGCCUCCGCCAGUGGCUCCGUGUUUGGUGCAUACCUCUCAGAUUCACCUAAACCUUCUCUGCACUACUUUGGCACGGGGGAAUGUUUUCUGUGGCGUGCCAGCAUUCUGCCCACCCUGAGAGACCUAUCAGCAAGUUUGGACAGCAACCCACACUCUCACUCUGAAGAUCUCCUUGAAUUGGCGGGACUACCUCCUCCCCCAAGCGCCGACACGACGAAUCUUCAACGAGUGACUACAGUUCGUGGCGAGCGUCGCACCCCUUCAACAUCUACCGACACAUUGCCACCCCCUGUGUCAGUGACCAAAGAAUCAACACCACAUUUACAACCGCCACCGAAUCGUUCGGGCACCUCCACUCCGGAUCGCAUACGGUUCAAAGCAUUUCCGUACAGUGGAGUCAAUGACUUCUUGAUUUACUGCGAAUCCAGUUAUCUAUCCAUUGGGGGUGGUGACGGUCACUACGGUCUAUGGCUGGAUGAUGAGCUGAACAACGGUGUCAGUGAGACAUGCCCUACGUUCGGGAACGAGCCCCUAAGUGAUGAGGGACGAAAAUUCGAAAUCUUGGGAGUUGAAGUAUGGUAUGUGGGUGCUUGA